AUGGGUAUUAAAUGGAAAUGGAUGCCAUUUGCUUGCACCACAAAUUUGAAUAAAUAUAAAUUUGGUACUAGUGUCAAGAAUAAUUAUCCCAAGAUGUGUGGUUAUCAUCCUUUAACUGCUUCUGUUGUUGGUUGUUUAGGUAAUAAUUUGGGAUUUGAAUCUAAAGGUUUUCAAAAAGGUUUACAGAGUUUUAAUAGAUAUUGUUCAGCUUAUGCACAAAUGAACUAUACUAUGGAUGAUAUGAUGGACAUUUUCAAAAAUGGAUCAAGCUUCAUGUUGGACAAGAGUGAGAUCACUGGAAAUAUGACCCGAAUGAUUUUUUAUCAACCAUUGAAUAUUACAAAAGCUGACCUCGCAGAUAUGCUCUCAUAUUACCAAUAUUUGUACUUUAAUUUAGAUGAUGCAUCUAUGCUUGGAGGUAUGAUGUAUAUUUUUUUCAUCAUUGUCUUCAUUUGUUAUGGGGUUACAAACUUAAUCAAAAGGUUAGGAUUCCAUAGAAAUUUCAAUAACAAGUGGAUCAAUUGGUAUCGUGCAAAUAUUUCAAUUCCAGCUCUAUUCAAUGGGAAACAUACUGAAGCAUCCGUUAAAUGGAAAAUAUUUUCAACACUGAUUCCAACAAGAGUCGAAUCCAUUGUUGUUUUCCUAUUUCUGAUGUUGAGUAUUUUAUUAUCAUGUGUUCAUUAUUCAUUUGACUAUCCUUCUGAAGGUUCAAGGGCUAUCAUAAUGGCCAACUUUGUUGCUGAUCGUGUUGGUCUUUUGAGUUUUGCAUUAAUUCCAUUGUUAAUCAUAUUUGCUGGAAGAAAUAACAUUUUAACUUCAUUAACUGGUAUCCCAUUCACAUCUUUUAUUUUUUAUCAUAAAUGGGUUGCAACGGUCAUGUGGAUUCAUGCAAUGAUUCAUUCAGCAGGAUGGACUGCAAUCGCCAUUCAUAGAAACUAUUUAGAAAUCUACUAUAAGCUACCUUAUUGGCAAUGGGGUGCUUUCGCUACGGUUCUUGGUGCUGUUAUGCUUGUUCAAGCUUUCCAUGUUUUCAGAAACUUGGCUUAUGGAACUUUUGUUAUCAUUCAUAUUAUAUUUGCAAUUCUAUUUAUUGUUGGAUGUUGGUGGCAUUGCUAUGAUUUAGGAUGGUUAGAAUGGAUUUAUGUCUCAUGGGCAGUUUGGAUCUUUGAUAGGGUGCUUAGAGUUAUUAGAAUGUGUGUUUUUGGGUUUAGAAAUGCUGAGAUUGAAUUGAUUUCAGAUGAUACUUUUAAAGUUUCAGUUAAGCAUGGUAAGUGGUUUGUGCCAUUUCCAGGCUCAUAUGCCUAUGUUUAUUUCAUUACUCCAACAAUGUUAUGGCAAUCACAUCCUUUCACAAUUAUUGAUUCAGCUAUUGAAAAAGGUGUUACCACAAUCUAUAUCAAAACCAAAGCUGGUAUCACUAAAAGAAUUAACAAACAAUUAUCGAAGGUUCCAGGAAACAAAAAGACAAUUAGAGUUUCUAUUGAAGGUCCUUAUGGUCAUAGAGCACCAAUGAAGAAAUAUGAUACAGCAUUACUAUUAGCAGGUGGUAACGGUAUUCCAGGUCCAUAUUAUCACGCUAUUGAUCUGGCCAAACGUGGAUCAUCCACAAAGCAACAGAUAAAGCUAAACUGGGUGGUUCGUAAUCCAGAAGCUUUGUUUUGGUUUCAUGAAGAGUUGAAACUCCUUCAACAUACAAAUGUCCAGACAAAUUUUUACAUAACAGGAACAAUACAAAAGAAGGAAUCAGAUAGUGAGAAAAAGAAUUCAUCUGGAGAUGAUAGUCAUAGUGCAGAAAUUUCUACAGCCAAUGGAUCAAUUGAUGGAGGAAAUAAUUUUAGAAAACUUUACUGA